UUGGUUGGCUUAAACACUACGUGGACAUAUUCAAAUCUGCUGUCAUUUGUCGACGAGAGAUCUGUUGUAAUUCGCAUUUGCAGCGGAGAAAAGCUGAACAGCUUACGUGCUUGUGCAGCGUAGUCUUUAUUUUCACGCUCGUUUCAAACUUUUCUUUGUUACCCAGGUCUAAAUUCUAAAUCGGUCGAAAAUGAGCCUCCUGCGUUUAACUUCUUUAGCAUUUAUGGCCUGUUUGUUCGUGUAUGCCUUCGCGCAUGAAAGACCUGAACAAGAACGAGAUCAUUUAUCAGUUGGAAUAAUGCGAAAACCAGACAACUGCCCAAGGGAGUCGAAAGAUGGAGACCAUUUGACGGUCAGAUACAACAAUACAUUGAUUGACCAAACUCCAGUUUUAGCUACAAGUGAAUUUGAGUUUACUCUCGGAGAGGGACAAGUUAUUCCCGGCUGGGACAUGGGAGUGAAAGAUAUGUGUGUGGGAGAACUCCGUGAGCUUGUUGUCCCAUCCCAGUAUGGAUAUGGAGAAUACCCCGUUGGGGAUAAAAUACCCCCCAGAGCACUCCUGGUAUUUUAUGUAGAGCUCUUAAAAAUCUCUGACCCCACGGAGGAUAGCGGCAAGCCAAACAUGUUCAAGGAGAUUGAUGUCAAUGGUGAUGGAAUGAUCUCACAUUCAGAGGUUGCAGGAUAUCUGAGGCGGGAGGGAAUGUCAAAUGGCGAGGGCGAUGAAAGCCAUAACAUGCUGUUACAAGAGAUCUUUCACGAGGAGGACAAGAAUAAGGACGGCUUCAUUUCGCACCAAGAAUUUCAGGGAAUUAAACAUCAUGAGCUUUAGAUAAUUUUUUUCCGCGAAAACCUAUUUCAGUCGUCUAACAUCUUACUCAGAAAAAAAAAAAUUGCUACGUAAUUCUUGCUGUUUUCCUCGUCCGAGCACUGACUUGAUGUUAUCACAACUAAGAGAGUUUUAAUAAAGAUUUACAGUUUCUCGUACAGCCA